AUGUGUGGAAUUUUGGCAAUAUUCAACAUCAAAGGGAUUUAUUAUGAGGUGCGAACUCUUGCAUACAAUUUAUCAAAGAGACAGAGACAUCGAGGUCCUGAUAAAUCUCGUAUCAUUAUUAUAGUAAAUUUCAAUUUUACAUUUUUAAGGAAGCUGGCCCAGAUACUUAUCAUAUACUAGCUCAUGAAAGAUUGAACAUUGUAGAUUUGAGUGAUAGAGGAAGACAACCAUUCUAAUUAGUGGAUGAUUAAAAUAUCUAUUAUAUGCAAAAUGGAGAGCUUUACAACUAUUGGUCGAUCAAACCAGAACUUGAAAAAAAAUAUUAAUUUAGCAGCAAUUCUGACUCAGAAAUAGUAGGAAUGCUCUAUAAAGAAGUAAUAUAAGUGUUUAUAAAUACAAGUAUGGUCCAAAUGAUUUUUGGAGUCACAUGGAUGGGAUGCAUGCUACCAUUCUUUUGGAUAUGAACAAUAAUACAUUUUAUGCAGGAAGAGAUCACAUUGGAAUGAUUCCUUUGUAUUAUGGUUACAACAAAGAUGGGGCUCUAUUUUUAUCAUCCGAAUUAAAAGCAAUUCAUGAUUAAGUAGUUGACGUAAGAUAAUUUCCCCCAGGUUAGAAUUCAUAAUUAAAAAAUAAUAGGUCAUUUUAUAGAUCAAACCCAUGAAAUAAGGAAAUGGUACAAUCCAACUUGGCAGAAUUUUGAUCGGAUACCAACUGGAGAGAUCAAUUUUUAGGAAAUCAGAGAGAAAUUUAUAGACGUUGUAAGAAGAGAAAUAAAAGGAGAUGCACAAUUCGGUUUGUUUAUUUCAGGAGGGUAAUCACAUCUUCCCUUAUAAUUUUAGUCUCAAUUCGUCUAUUGUUGCUGGUAUUGUAGCAAGAAUGAUUAAAAAUGGAGAGAUCGAUUUGAGCAAGAGAGGAAUGAGUAAAGUUCAUUCAUUCUGUAUUGGUUUGGAAGGAUCCCCAGAUUUACAUUAUGCUUAAAAAAUUGCUGAUUAUCAUGGAUUUGAACAUCAGUCAAUUAUUUAUACAGCAGAAGAAGCAUUGGAUUAUAUUCCAGAAGUAAUCUAUCAUACGGAGACCUUUAAUAAAAAUACAAUUAGAACAGCAACACCUAUGUAUAUGAUGUGUAGAAGAGUUAAGGCUUUGGGGAUUAAAAUAUGUUUAACUGGGGAAGGAAGUGAUGAAUUAUUUGGAGGUUAUUUAUAUUUCCAUAAAGCUCCAAAUAGAAUUGAAUUUCAUUAAGAAUUAAUAAGGAAAUUAAAUGAUCUAUAUAAAUACGAUUUACUAGGAACUAAUAAAGCUUGUUUAGCUUGGGGUAUUGAAACUCGACCCCCAUUUUUGAAUAGGUCAUGGAUUGAAUAUGUUAUGUCUAUUGAUCCUAAAUAUAAAAUGAUCAAUGCCUUCCAACCACAAAUUGAAAAAUACAUAUUAAGAAAAGCAUUUGAAGAUCUAGACAAUCCAUAUGUUCCAUAAGAAGUAUUAUGGAGAUAAAAGGAACAAUUCAGUGAUGGAGUAGGCUAUGGUUGGAGAGAUGGAAUCAUAAAAAGGGCUAAUCAAUUAAUCUCAGAUUAAUAAUUCUCAUAAGCCUCUGUUACUUAUCCCAUAUCAACUCCCAGAGAUAAGGAAUAAUAUUGGUAUAGAAAAGUCUAUUCCUAAUCAUUUCCAUGUGAUAGUGCUGCCUUAACUGUGCCAUAUAGUAAGUCAAUUGCUUGUUCUACUGAAAAAGUAUUUAUCUACAAUAUAUCUUUAGGCCUUAGAAUGGGAUGAGGCUUUCAAGAACUAUAAUGAUGAAUCAGGAAGAGCUGUUAUAGCAGUCCAUAAAAAUCCAUUAAAAGAGAACCAACAAGAAGAGGAGAAAACUACCGUCAAAAGCAUAAAAAUGUAAGACCACCUUUAAUAGUGA